CGGCACGUCCGUCCAAGGAAACUCGUGACGAACAACGACAAAAACUGUGGCGUGCCCCGCUCCUCCUACAACUUGCCGACUUUGAUUUUGUUUGUCGACCACGUCUUUCACCCGAUCAUAUUUAUUUUCUUUCGCAUGCGUUAUUUGCUCUGCCCGGACCUUGACGCAGCCCCGAAAGAGCAUCUGCGCUCUCUCGACCACAAGGUUGCCUUCUCGAACGACGAACAUCUCACCCCCGACUUGGAGAUCGUGCGGUUCUACGCCAGCUCUGCUUUCGAGAUAGGCCAGAGCCACGAACUCUUAUUGGGCCUCCACGUCAAAUCAACACGUGCCGUUGGAAACACGUUCGAUGUCUUCAUACUUUUGGUGAAAGGAUUGUGGCCGAUCAGCGGCAGCACCAACCAGCCCUGCGGCGGGACUUCCUCGCCAAACAUGGGCUUUUCGGCUCGGGUUGGGGGCUUCAAGCCACAUGACAAAAUCACGCCGGCAUCCAACCCAACCGCGACGAGCAGUCUUCCAAGCCAAGCCCAAGAGCGAACUAGGCCAUCGUCCACAAACGACACAACAUAUAACAAUGCUUCAUUUGUAUUGAAAUCCGAAGGCAGCCAGGCGAGCGCCACAGAGCUCGACUGCGACAGCUUGCCUGGGGGUGGAGGAAAUCGUCGUUCGUCACAAAAGCACGACAAGAAUGUCGCCGAAUAUCGUAAUACUGUGAAACAGGCAGGAUUCAAGUCUGGUAACGGACGGAAUCGCAGACCAGCGAGACCAGUAGGAGAGCUUAUGGGCAAUAUCAAGCGGAAAAGCCAUCUUAUAUCCCAGGGCCAGACUGUCAAAGAAUUGGCACAUGAUCGGAUAAACGAUGACGACGAGCUGGCCGGGGACGACAGCGAUAUCUGCCAGUAUCGACGCAAGCGCAACUCGGCUCCAGUGGAUCUUACUAAGGAUGACUCGCCUAAGCGAAACAAAUCACAGAACAACCCGAUUCGACCAAUGAUCCUCGACUUUUCUAUUACCAUUUCUGAUGAAGCUCAGAGCAAACGAGUAAGGAACGAUGAGGAGGACGAGUUGAAUGAUCAAAAGUCGCAAAGACCAAGCAAAAAGGCUCGGGUACAACAAAAGAACCCCACCACUCAUCCGAGGCAAGAUGUCGUUUCCAGGGCUGAUAUCAAGCCGACCAAGUUCAGCUCAUCCCGUGCUGUCGAUAAGAAGCUGCCUUCACUCAGUCCUCUUAAUCUAAUGCAAGCGUUCCGUGGACCACAUUAUUUUUGCUCAGAUAGACAGAUCCUCAAGUUGGAGACCGGUGCCUCGGGACCCGUAUUCAAUGCCUACCAACAAGAUGGUACGGAACAGUCAACCCAUUCCGACUGGCUAGCAGUCAUCGUCGCGCAGCUUCACAAGGUCCUUUGGAACACCCGCAGUUCUCAAAUUGCUUUGGAACUCCGGGGAGGGACUAGUUCUGGCGGGAAAGCACUGGCUCCAAGGCUUUUUCUUGAGUUCUCAAGCUAUGCUGACAUCGAAAGGCUCUUGGGCUGGUUAAGGGAGCAAAAAGGGAGCAAAACCGAUGUCAAGUUCGAGGAGAGCGAUCUAGAUUCUCUCAAGAAGAUAUUCGACCACCAGCGUCAUGAAAUCAAAGCCGCAAAGGACCAGAAGAUGCAACGGAAGCCCACUGAUGCAGAAGAUGUUCAGCUGCUAGAACACAACCAAAAGCUACGCAGGGUUGCGAAUGGGGAGGAAUCUAGGGGUCAAACCGAUCGUCUACCACAAGCCCAUCGUCGACCAAAACUGAUAGAUGGGCUCAUAGCCCAGAAAAAGCCGGAUGUGAUCGAAUCAGAAAACGAAAAGCGCUCAAAAGGGACCGCUGCGCAACCAAAUCAGAGGUCCCUUCGAUCAAGGCAAACUUCCAAGAACACUUUUGACCUGACCCAGAGCUUUGAACCCACUUCCCGAAGUCCAUCACCAAAACCAAAACCCAAGUUGUGGACUCAGGAGAAUCCUGGCUGGGACAAGGAGUGGCGUGUCGACUUGUCCCAAUUUCGGACAACGAUUCACAAGGGCGACAUCGGGCGUCUUGAGGAAGGCGAGCUGCUGAACGACAGCAUCAUUAGUUUUUAUCUGCAGUAUCUGCACGAAGCCGUGCGGAACAAGGAUGCUGAAAUAGCCAAGCGUUUUUACUUCCAAAGCUCUUUCUUUUGGGACCGACUUAAAUCGACACCUAACAAGAAAGGUAUCAAUUAUGAAAAAGUCAAAAGCUGGACUAACAGGGUGGAUCUGUUCUCCUACGACUAUAUAGUCGUGCCUGUGAAUGAGAAUUCCCACUGGUACGUGGCAGUUAUCUGUAACCCUGGAAAGUUACUGCCGACGGACGAGAAAUGUCAGGACGCAUCUCCGCUUAAUGAUCAUCAACGCGAGCCUCGCGCUUCUGCAGACGUGGCUGGCGUUUCCGAAUCAGGUCACAUCGCGCAAGAGGUGUCUGGCAGUUCGCCUGAGGUGGUGCCAGUCAAGGCAUCUUCCCACUUGUCCCCUGGGACCGAUAUGUCCAACAAUCUAGGACGGUUGUCGCUAGGAAAACCACUCCAGAGCACAUUAGACGGCACGAUAGCAAUCUCGAUCGAUGAUGACGAAGAGGGGGGCCCGUCAUCCACUCUACAGGUAUCUGCGCCAAGGGAUGCCGAGGAUGAUGACAUCUGCCUGAUUACGAGCGACUUGGAGCCUCAGCGCAAGCCCAACAAAACAAUUGGCAAAAGUUCCGAUGUCAAGGACAGAGACACAGUUAACGGAUCUCUCAAGAGCAAGGACUCUCCCAUAAUCACUGGGAAAGACCCGUGCAUCAUCACGUUCGAUUCGUUGGGAAGUUCCCACUCUCCAGUCUGUACGGCACUGAAAAAGUACUUGGAGCACGAAGCCAAGCACAGGAAGGGUCUGGAAAUAGAGAUGCCCAACAUGGGCCGGACUGCCAAGAACAUCCCACUCCAAGACAACUACUGGGAUUGUGGCGUGUUCCUGAUGUCUUAUGUUGAGGCACUGAUGCGGGACCCUGAAGCUUUCAUUCGAAAGGUUCUACCAAGAAAGGCUGGAGCCGCCGAUGAGGGAUUGGCUUGCACUGUAGAUGCAGCGGCAAUGCGGAAGUUGAUACGAACCACCAUACUGAAGCAGCAAAUUAUUUAUCAGAAGAAAGUGGAGGACGAGGCCGAAGCCAAGAGACUGCGAAAGCUGCGAAAGGCACAGGGAUCUGCGUCGGCAGGGAUUAGCAGUCCACCUGCGCCUCCUUUAUCAUCUCAGGUAACAACACCAAGCAGUCCGGCGCCUAUGCCUUCCUCGCUCCCGAGGCAGAGCGAGAAGCCUUUGCCGUCGAUAGAGAGCCCAUCAGCAUCAUCGAGGGUGGAUGAGUCUUCUGCGAGAUAGCAACUCCCAGAUAAGACCGUCGCGUCCGAGGUGAUGCCACGUACCAAGCCUAGACGUGACAGCACACCUUUCAUGGAUCUGAUACCAGACAGCUCAUCUUCGUCUCAGGCAUUCUAUGAGGCUAUGCAGACAGCUACCUCCGGGCUUCCUCAGCGUUCGCCCAGUCAAAGCAGCUCGCAGCCAUUACCAACACUAGUCGCUUCACCUUCCACGCAUCGCCUAGGAGGGUUCAGGUCACUG